UAAUUAUCUGACAUUUGAUUAUUUACCUGUAUAAAAAGCACUCCUUACCUAUGUUUACCCGUCAGUCAAACAAUACAGUUCUUCAAUCAAACAUGUUCAAAUUGAUAGUUGUUGUUGCUUUGGUCGGUUCCUGUUUCGGGGCGACUUUCAAUCCAGGAAGGGAAAUUAAAAUCUUAAGACAAACCAACGAGAUUAAUCCAGAUGGAAGUUACCAAUGGGCGUACGAGACGGAAAACGGCAUCGCAGCACAGGAACUGGGCAAAUUGAGAGGAUCCGGCGACAACGCUGUUCUGGAGGUGCAGGGUGAUUUCUCAUACACGUCGCCCGAGGGCCAGAGGAUCGCCCUCACCUACGUGGCUGAUGACACUGGUUUUCAUCCCGCGGGAGAUAUCCCCACUCCCCCACCUAUCCCAAUCGCCAUUCAGAGGGCCCUGGCUUGGAAUGCGGCUCAUCCCGAAGAGGAGGUCGAGAGGAAGCAACCGUUUUUAGGCUAGAAUGAUUUUAUGAUAUUAUGUUAUGUUUGUAAAUAGUUAAUAAAGUUUAAUUUAAUUUA